GAGAGAUUUGGGUGAAGCCUCCAAAAACUUCCACUUUGCAAUCACAGCCACAUCAGAAUAUUAGGGUUUAGGGUUUAAGGCGCCAGGAAGCGUUGUACACACACGAAUUAGGUUCGGGUUCGAAGGUUUCGGCGAUGCUCGCAAUUUCGUAGCGUUGUUGGUUCGAUUGACAGACACGAAUGGCCCGUUUGUAGUUGUGGGUGAUCGUCGAUUUUGCUCUUUGGUCGAAGAGUGUGGGGAGGAUUGGAGGGUGUUGUUGCUGCUACCAAGUGUUGGGUAUGGUGGGGAGAUUGACAAGAAAACAAGGGACGAGGGGAGGUUGGUGAAGAGUUGGGAGAUGGAAGCGGGGGAAGCUCGAGAGCUGUGGAAAGCCGCAGCGGAGGGGAAUGUAGAGCGCGUGCAGAGCUUGUUGGAAUCGGGCGCUGAUAUUUGCGAAGGGAAUGACGAAGGCUUGACACCAUUGAUGAUGGCUGCGCAGAAUGGCCACGCCGAGGUUGUGCGUGCGCUCCUUCGAGCCGGAGCUCCUUGGAAUGCGUUGAAUCCCGCGGGCAAGUGCGCCGGUGACUUCGCCAUGGAAGCCGGCCACCAGGAGGCAUUCGAUGUGCUCCUCGAUGCCGGUAUGCAGGCCGAGCUCAUACUUGGCAUUGUAGCGCGACAAACCAAAAGAGCGGAGGACGGGGAGAAGCCUUACUUGCAGCAGCGGGUGGAAUACAGUGAAGGUAAGUUGACUGAUGAGGAGAAUAAGGGUGUGAUGAUGGCGUGGGAGAAUCCCCUCAUGGCAGCGCACGCAAAAGCCAUCUGCGCUAACGGAGGACAUGUUUUGAAUGUGGGGUUCGGGAUGGGCUUGGUGGACACGUCCAUUCAGAGCCAUAACCCAGCUUCACAUACCAUAAUCGAGGCACACCCCGAGGUUUACAAGCGCAUGUUGGAGACAGGGUGGGGUGAAAAACGAAAUGUGCGAAUAUUAUUUGGGCGUUGGCAAGACGUGCUUCCACAAUUGGAUUCUUAUGAUGGCAUCUUUUUCGAUACGUAUGGGGAGUUUUAUGACGACUUGAAGGAGUUUCAUGAGCACUUGCCGAAGAUCCUGAAGAAAGGGUGCAAUGCUGAGCGGAUUGAGCAAUUUGUCCCCCCGCUCCCCGACUGCGGUCUCUGCUGUGAUGUUGCAGAUUUUUGGCCAUGUGUUCUCCAUGUCUCCUGAACCCGUCAGAGUGGUCUGGCCUCGGUUCUGCAAUGCGGGACGAACGAUCUCUUUGAGUUGGGCAGGUAUGGUCUACCCUAUACUGUACCACUGUUGUUGCAAGCAUUCACGGCACUGAUGAUACUUUUGGGGUUCCUUUUUUGGUUGCGGCCAAGGUGAUAUACAUCUUUUGCUAAUUUCUCACUACCUGUUUUGAGAAUUGUGUUUCUCUCUUGCAUUUUGCGUAGAGACAUUCCUUUAGUACGUAAGGUGGGUGCCUUAUUCCACCCGCCCUCUGCUCACAAUGAGUUGAAUGGGACGCUCUUUGUACUAGUGCUAGAAAAGCUAAAAAUUUGUGCGGGUUUUGGAUGUCUCAAGUGUGUGGGUAAUGGCAUUUUAUUUUACUAAUUCUAUUGCACGCAUGGUGACUGUUAUGGAACUGUUGCAACUAUUAUGGAUUCAACAAUGAAGCAAGUUUUUAUCCUUACAACCAAAGACAGUUGACUUAGAAGAGAGGUUAUAUCACUACUCUAAGUUAUGUUGUUAUCUCAUGUUUUGGAACUUUUUGAUGCAUCUAAGGGAUGAUUAUUUAUUCAAAUCUACAAUUACUAAUAUCAAUAAAUUAUUGUACAUUUAUUUAUUUUAAA